UCACGAAAUACAAAAGGGUACGAUAAGGGCUAAUAAAAGGGCCAAGACCCAAACAUUAGAUAACACAUUUGAUGAAUGAAUUAUUAAGUUCAUUAAUCUGUAAUGACAUUCGCGUAUAAAAAAUUGCGGCGAAGAAGUAUGUGAAACUUACAAAUAUGUAUUAUACUUAUUUGAUAGAUACUCAUAUGCGAUAGUCUGCUCGAAGCUCGAAAAAGUAGUUCGAAAAGUGUAAACAUUUAAUUAUUGUGGUUUAUACAAGAAAAUAUUGAACAUUCCAUACAAUGAAAUUCUUGACGAAUGGUUUCGCUUAUUCUCAGGUCAAACGAUGUAUUGCAAGGACCUUUUCUACUAGUAAAAUAUUGUCCGCCGAAGGAAAACGUUUAGAAGUGACAGAACAUGAUGGUGUUCGGACAUUAACAUUAAAUGACCAUGCAACACGUAAUUCUUUGUCAAUGAGUAUGAUAACGUCGCUCUAUGAAAAUAUCAAGAAUAAUGAGAACGAUAAGAAUCUUAGGUCCAUUGUUAUCAGGGCUGCUCCAGGUGUAUUUUCAGGUGGACAUAACUUGAAAGAAUUGACUGCUAAUAAUGGGAAGCUUCACAAGGAAAUCUUUGAGAAGUGUUCGGAAUUGAUGAAUUCAAUUGCUCAGAGUCCAGUACCCGUGAUAGCUGCUGUUGACGGUUUAGCUGCUGCAGCCGGUUGCCAAUUGGUAGCUGCAUGCGAUAUUGCUGUUUGUACUGAAAGAAGUUCAUUUUCUACACCAGGCGCUAAUAUUGGGAUAUUCUGUUCUACACCGGGCAUUCCAUUGGUUCGAAAUGUACCGAAAAAGACAGCGAUGUAUAUGCUUUUUACAGGCAUUCCCAUCACUGGAAGAGAAGCAUAUGAAGCUGGUCUUGUAAGCAGGGUAGUGCCAAAUGACAAACUCGAAGAAGAAGUUAAUAAGAUCACCGCGGCUAUAAAUACGAAAAGUCGCUCGAUCGUACACAUUGGAAAAACGUUUUUAUACGAACAAAUGGAUCUCGACGUGUCGACCGCGUAUUUCCUGGGAACUGAAAAAAUGGUCAAUAAUUUAAAAAUGAAGGACGCCCAAGAAGGAAUCACAAGUUUUAUUGAGAAAAGAAAACCUGUUUGGAAUCAUGAUUACGAAAAAAAUUAAUUUAUAUUAUGUAAGAUAAUUUUUAUACAAAUUGUUCUAAAUAAUCCUAUUGUCUUCCAUUUAUAUAUUAAAUAACUGUGGUUUAUUAAAAUAA